AUGAUGGGACUGCAGAGUUGUUCUUUUGUCCUCCCAAGCAUUUCCUCGGUUAGUCAUCCCUGCGCUUUCCCUAGAGAGUUCACGCUAAGUUGGCAAUCACAGAUCGUUGGAAACAACGACGUCCUUCAGCCUUCCAAAGAGCAAGAGGACAUCGCGCUGGAAAGGAGUCGGGCGUACUGGUAUCACACCGCAUCGAUCGCUUAUUCCUAUCUGGAAAAUGGCCUGACUCCAGAAUUUACGAAUCCGCAACACGCCCUUCACAAAGUCCCAAAAUUCCCAGGCCGGCUAAAAUCGCAAUUCGGACGCCCUUUGGGCACUACUUCGAUUUUCGCGCUUUGCUCGCCAGCCUCCUCCACUUGGAGACUGAUGGGACACUCCGACUGCCAUGCGGCUAAGAAAGAAACGACGAAACCUGCCUUGGUGCAAAUCGGCACCGGUAGUGCCAUCCCGUACAGUUUUUGUGGGAAUGUCUUCAGCCAUUGGAUCGGCACGACGACGGAGAAGGCCACAGGUCCUAAUUAUUUAGGGAUUCUUGCGAUCGGUUGGUGUUAUAUACUCUCCGCACGGCUUGUUGAAAUGCAAGGAGGUAGUGCCAUCAUGCGUUACACAAAUUCCUGUGCCGAGUGCUUCGGCGAGAGUCUCCACAAUCCACCUGAAGCGACUCACGUUAUCGAUGUGGGGGAAGCGGAUGCACAAAUUGUUCGCUGGUGGUCUGCGAUACUUGCAAAACGCGAAGGGUGGAAAGCCAUCGUGAAAGAUGACCCUGAUGAUGAAUUUGUCGCCCCUUGGUCGGUAUAUCGCACGUGUGAAACACCUCUCAUCAUCAAACAAAGGAGAGACUCGCUACCCCCUGUGCAAACGCCUUUAUCCUCGGAUGACGCUUUCGAUGCUCUUCUUGAGUUUGCGCAUUUACAUGAUCUCGGAAGUCAAUUCCCUAUCGCUCUUACGAUAGCCAUGUCCUUCCCAAUGCAUCGAUAUUAUGGCACGGAUGCCAAACUGCCGCUUCCAAGUUCUCACGGUGGUAAAACUCCUACCUCUACCCUAGGUGGUACUUCACCGAUGUGGACGGGUUUGAAAGAAGAACUGCCUUAUUACUUGACUUUAAGUGGCAGCCCGGAAGUGAUGAUAUCAACGCUAUGUGGAUCAUUCUGGCAACCGGACGUUCCUUGCAAUAUGGUCAGUCAAUGGCUACAUCCGGUUCUUGAAGAGGUCUUGUGUGAUACCACAGAAGGCAAGGUUCAAGAACUUAUUGCUUUGAUCGGUGCCAUUCGCCGGCCAAGUGUGGGUGCCCUUUGGAUUGGAGCAGCGGUGAGCGGUAUAGGCCCUAAAAUUAUUCAAAAGGUAAGGAGAGGUAAGCCACCCCUUGACUCAAAUGCUUUUCCUUGGACUGGCGCCCCUCAAAGCUUUAUGGAUGAUGCAGGCUCAGGUCCGUAUACCUCGGACGACCCGGAAUACAUCUCAAGACCUGAUGUAUGGCGCUUACUACACCUCUCUCCGACCGAAGAAGACGAUUUGAGCUACGAAUAUAGACCCAUGACACCCUGGGAACCUUGCGGGGUGUCUUUAACGACCAAUUGUGCGCUUCGCGUUACGUCACAUUUGAAGUGCUCGCGACAUUGGUACCAUUACGACCAUUGGAACUGGGAAUUAGAGAAUGGUGAGACUAUACAGGAUUAUGGGUUUUUAAGAAGAUCUCCAUCACUUGUGACUGAAGAACUUUCCAACAUUCCAAACAUCAGGGAAGUCAGUCAUGCAUUCGAGAAGAGGGAGCUUGAUCCUGACCGAGAGGCUUCUGAAGAAGCUUCAGUUGAUAUCUUUCGAUGGUUCAUCGUCGGUGGAGAAGGUUUACCUCCUGAGAAGAUAUAUCAGGAUGAUUUGCUUCGUGAAAUGUGGGAACAAGAUGAUGACGGCAGCGAGGAGUCUGGUGAGGUCGAUCACCAAGAGUCGCAAAAUACCUUCUUCUAA